AUGGCCAACGAAACCAUGCAUCUUUUCGGCGACGACUUCAACAUCUCAUCGGAAGACCUCCUGUCCAAACAAUUGCUGGACGAUUUGUACGACGACAUCCCUAGCUUCAUCCCCGGCGACGAGGGCCUACCGGAGACGAACACCACCACCUGCGGGAGGGACUACUGCCAAGAGCCCGAGGAGCUUCUCGACGCCUCCCUGCACUUUCGGGUAGCGCUGGGCAUCGUGUACAUCAUCAUCCUCCUGGUCUGCGGAGUGGGCAAUCUCGUGCUGCUCAUGAUCCUCAGCAAGUAUCGCCAGGCAAGGACAAAGACCAACAUGCUGAUUGCCAACCUGGCGGCAUCUGACUUCAUCGUGGCCGUGCUGUGCAUACCGUUUGAUCUGGACUACUACGUGUUCAAAGAGAAGGCCUGGACGUUCGGCGCUACCUGGUGCAAACUGGUCAACUACAUCCGGAUGGUGUCCCUCUACGUGUCCACCAAUGCCCUUCUGGUCAUCGGGGCGGAGAGAUACUACUGCAUCUUCUUCCCGCAACGGCGGCGCAUCGGGAAGAAAGGCGCCGUCUUCAUGUCACUCCUGGUGUGGGCUAUCUCCGUGCUCAUCGCCGUGCCGUCAGCGAUGUACUCAGGUACCUUUCCCUACCACAACCGCAAGAAGGAAAUGUGUGGACAGUUCUGGACCGUCGACUUGGAGAAGCAUACCAAAGGCUACUUCGUCUCGGUCAUCACUCUCCAGUUCAUCCUGCCGGUCAUAGCGCUGUCCUACUGCUACCUGGCCAUCGUGUGGAAGGUCUACACCAGGGAGAGACCUGGAGUCAUGACGGAGAUGCAGCGGAACAACCUCAACAAGUCCAAGAAGAAGACCCUCAAGCUGGUCUUCAUGCUGUUCAUGUUUAUCGCCUGCUGGUCGCCUUACUACAUCUACACCUACAUCCGAGACUUUCACGGCCACAUCCUGGCCAACAGUCACCUCAACACCAACCUGUUCUACGCCGUGGAAGCUGCCGCCAUGGGGAACAGUGUCAUCAACACGUUCUUCAACAUCAUCCUCAACAAGAACCUGCUCAACUUCGUCCGCCCGCUGUUCCGCAUGAUCAGCGAGAAGUACCUCCGAGCGGUGCUCUCCACGAGCUCGUCGGACAACAACGUCAACUCCAGCCUGCGGGGAGACCACCCCAUCCACCGGGCGAGGGGGGACAGGGUGGUGACCCGCCUGGCGAGUAGAGAGAGCCACCCGAGAAGAUUGAACUCUACCCGGCAGCUGCCUGUGGGACGGGGGCGGCCGGGGCAGCAGCCUGACCUGAUCGUGGGACUGGAACUGUUGAAGCAGAGCAGCUCAAGCUACGGUCAUCACCGGAACGGGAAGAACUGCCUGUUCAUGGAAACUUCGGUGUGAAUCCUUUUCCGACCAAUCCUCAAGCCCCACACA